AUGUAUUAACCAAAAGAAAUGAAGGAGUUUCAUGAUAAUUAAAUAUCAAAAGAAUGGCAAACUGUUUGGAAACUAAGAGAAAAGGAUUUCGUAUCUCAUUUUUUUGUAUCUAAAUCUGGUAAUCUUGUGGCUUUUGUAAUUGAAGGAAAAAAAGUUUAUGUAAUUAGCCUUUUAACUAAAAAAAUUAUUUUUGAAAUGACAUUUGUGAAAUUUUAAAUUUAUGAUUUGUAAUUUACUUUCGAUGAAAAAAAAAUUUGUAUCACAUAAGAAGAAAGUAAAUGCUUAAGAAUUAUUGAUUUAAGUACAAGAUGUGAACUAUGUUACAAAUUACCUUAAAGUUUUCUUCCACUUGAUUGUUAUAUUCUAAUUGAAUAAUAAAAGAAGAUUUAUUUAUAUUAAAAUGAUGCAUUAAAAUUAAUAGAUUUGAAUGAAGAGAAUUAGGAAUUGUUAAUAUAGUUUAAUGGAGAAUAUAGAAUUCUUUAAAAAACUACUUUAGAUUAUAUUAUAAAUAUAGCAUUUUUAAAUCAAUUACAUGUUAUGUAUUUAAAAAAUGAUUUUUGCAAAUAUAAGUAAAAAUACUUAGAGGUUAAUAAAAUUAUUCAUUUCGCUGAAACUAAUAAAUUAUUGUCAAUAAUUACUUUUGAAAAUACCUACCAAAUAUUCUUGAAAAAUUUAUAAUGUAAGAGAGUACUAAGAAAAUUUACUAAUAUUUAGCUACAAAAUAUAUGUGAUAUCAAAUAUUCUUAAAAUAAAAAAUACUUAUUUUUAAAUAAUGGCAAUUUUUUGUUAAGAUGGAAUAUAACAACAUCCAAAUUAUCAAGAUUAUCAGUAUAAAAUAAUAUUUUUGAAAAAAUAUGGACAGGAGGCAAAAAUGAAAUAUUUAUUUUGAAUUCUAAAAAUAGUAUACAAAAAGCUUAAUGUGAUUUUUGA